CACAGUCGACACGCAACCCGAGCUGACCCAUCGGCUUGCAUUUCACUAUCUAAUGCUCAGCCCACCACUGCAGCAGCCGGUGCCCGUGCGCGAAGACGGCACGGCGGAAGUUCCACCAGUCGAGACAAGUUUCCUGCGGAAGUAUUGGAUGUUCGUUUUGCCGAUCGUCAUCCUGCUCAUCCUUCCGAGCGAAGCGGUCGCCGGCGGUAGCGCAGAGCACGACUCGAGCUCGGAAAGUGCGCCCAAUGCAGCGCUUGCGGCUAGACAGAUCAAAUAGCCUGUAGAGUCGAGUAGCACUCUCCAAUGCGCGCCGUACUCUUGUGGCAAUCUCAGCAGAAGCGGCUGUCAGAAUGCAAAUGAUGAGGGUAUGUGGAAC